AUGUCAUCUCUCAUUGACCGCGCGGCCAUGGCUGCGCCAACUCUGGCGCUGCCACAUGCGCACGUGCCACUCACGGGCGUCGCUGCCGCGUCGGCGGUGCGUCCGAGGACAGAGAUGAGAUACUGCUGCAGGGCAGCCGGACCUCCUGCAGUGGCGGCCUCUUUGCCGGGCUGCUUGGUGCUUCGGAGGGGCCUCAAACGCACCACGCGGGCGUUCUCGGCCGCGGGACACGUGGCGCCCGUGGCGCCGGUGGCGGAGGCGGAGGUGUCGCAGGCGGCGUUUCCAGUGGCGGGCUACAACUGGGAGAUUUGCACCCAGCAGAACUAUGCCCAGAAGGAUUCUCAAGUAGCCGAAGGCCCAUUGGCGGCGGCAAGGAGGUUAGUGGAUGCAUCAUACCAUGGCCACUACACGCUGGAACGUCAACGGUUUCAGGAUACCUUGGUCCGACGCCUCGUCGAACUGAACGGCCACGGCGCCCCGCUGCGGGAGCCGCGCUUGGUCUUCACCGCGGGCGCCAUGGGCGUUGGGAAGAGCCACGUGAUCAGGUGGUUGGCCGAGAAGGGCAUUUUGCCGAUGAAGGACUUCGUUCACAUCAAUCCCGAUCACUUGGCGGCACAGCUGCCAGAGUACAUGGGCUACAUGGAGCACAACCGCGCCUGUGCGGCGGUGAUGACGCGCCUGGAAGCGGGCUUGCUCACAGAGCUCAGUUUGAUGUAUGCCUUGCAGCAGAAGCGUAACAUCCUCGUAGAUAGUUCCUUGCGACAUGGCAGCUGGUACAGCAGGGUCCUGCAAAAGAUCAGGCAGAAGCUGCCAGAGGUGCGAGUGGUGCUCAUGUAUGUGCACGCCCAUGAGGAGACAAUCUACGAACGGGCCAAUCAACGUGGAUUGGAGGGCCGGAUGGUGAGCCAUGUCGAGGUGGCAGAUUCCUUAGAGAAGAUCCCUUUGGCCAUCCAGAAGUUGCUACCCUACAUGGACACCUUUAUCCAAGUGGACAAUGACGGGCAUGAGCCGGAGUUAACUUCGGUGUGCCAACAGCCGCGUGAAGACUUAGAUGCCUACUGCGAGGUGGAUCCAGACCCCAGCAGCAUGGGCUUUGGGUGGAAGAGCGUCAAGGACAUCCUCCACACGGAUUUGGAGCCCGGCGAAGCGCUACUGGAGCCACCGGAGAUCCUCCCCAGCGCGGCCACCGAACCGCAGCCCUUAGCCGCGCUCUUUAGGACCAUUCAUUUCGCCGCAACGAAGCAUCAAAAUCAAACCAGGAAGAACCCUCAGAGGACGCCCUACAUCAAUCAUCCGCUGGCCGUGGCCCGGAUCUUGGCGGAGGUCGGUAUCCGCGACUUGAAGACGCUGCAAGCGGCGCUCCUGCACGAUACCUUGGAGGACACCGAAGCCACGCGCGCGGAGCUGGAGGCGGCCUUUGGUGCAGAGGUGGCCAACUUGGUGCAUGCCCUCACCGACGAGGAAGGCCUUCGGCCCUUGCAUCAGAAGUUCCGGCAGCUCCGUCGGGUGAAGUCGUUACCGCUGAAGGCGAAGUUGGUCCGGAUCGCGGAUAAGCUCCACAACGUCUGGGACAUCAUGCACCAUGGCAUCCCAGGUUGGUCCAAGGGGAAGACGGAGCGCUACGUCGCCUGGGCCUGUGAGAUGGUCGAUGCUCUCAGGGGUACGCACACCGCAUUGGAGCAGCGCUUUCACUCGGAGGUGUCCUUGCCGAAGGGCUACCAGCUGGGAGACUGGCAAGAGUUCGCUGUGCAAGAGAUGGGCUGGGCACUGCUCGAGGACCUCGAGCACGACGGCGGCUCGGCGGCCGUGCCGCCGCCGGAGCUGGCAGAGCACCGCGCGGUGCUCUCGCUGCUGAGGGCUGCAGAGGUGGUCGCGGCCAAGAGUGACGAAGAGCUGCUGGAGAGCGUGAAGUUUGCCUUGUUCCUGUCCGGCUUCGGCAUCAAAGAUCCAGAGACCCUGAAGGCGGCCGUGCUGUUGGGCAGCGUGGAUGAGCACAGCAUCACGGCCUCGCAGUUCGGUGGAGAGGUGGCAUCGAUCCUGGCCGAGCUGAAUGCACACUGGCCUCGGAUCGUGAAGAACCACAAGGCCAAGCGGAUCUACUUGGGGAAGCACCUCUAUGAGCUCCGCAAGUUGCAGAUCGGCACCAUGUCCAGCCAGGAGGACCUGGAUCACUUUCAACAGCUGCUGGAGCGCACGAUCUCCCUUCGUGAGCAGUUGCGGGGUGCGCACCCACGCCUGGAGGAGGGCAUCGAUGCCAUGGUGGGCAACGGCCAAGUGAGGCUGGCCAGCGGUGAGCUGACCCCUGUGGAUAUGCUCGGUGACGAGUAUGGCAUUUACGGCGACGGCUUCUUGUGA